AUGGAUCGGAACGCAUCCGCGCCUCCUUCUACCAUACAUUCCUCAACGGCAGCACCAGCAGCAGCAGCAGCAGCAGCAGCACCAGGAGCAGCAGCAGCAGCAGGAGCAGGAACAGCAGCAGGAGGAGCAGCAGGAGCAGCAAGAGCACGUGUUCCCCUCCCUGAUCACUACACCUCAUCACCACGGCAGCAGUCCUCUCAACCCCACGCCUUUCCCCCACCCCAAUCACUCUAUCCCCCUCCGCCACAGCCAGUUUCUGAACCAGCUCAAUUACCAGACCAGACCCAUCUGUACCCAUCCCCUUACCCCUCUCUGCCACACAGCCCGCGUUCCCAGCCACCCUCCUCCCCUUCCUUCCACACCCAGUCUCCCUCCCACUCGUCCCACCUUUCCUCCUCAUCAGACUCCCCGUCCUCCUCGUUCCACAGCCAGUACUCAUUCUCAGACUCGGCUUUCUCCUUCCAGCACCAGGAGUCGGCACCUAGUCGUCUCUACCCUCCUUCUCCUCUCGCUCCUUCUCCUCUUGGUGCUGCUGGUGCUGGGGUUGCUGCUGCCGCUGCUGCUGGUGCUGCUGGUGGUAAUUAUGCCGACUACCCUUAUGGUGGUGGUGCUGCUGAUGCAGCUCCACCUCCUCCUUCUGCUGCUUCUUCUACCUACUCCAGUAUUGACUACCCAAGAGUACAUUCCAGUGGACCCCCAUCCGCCCCCCCUCUGUCUCCCCCUCACUCUCCUGUCCCUUCCCCACCCCGCUCCCCUCCACCCACUCACUCCUACAACUACCCCCCUCAGCCGACAGCAACUCCACCCCCCUCUGCUCCUCUCACACACCCCUACAGCUGCCCCCGCCAGCCCACAGCAACACAGGUAUCCCAAGCCCAACACCACUCCCCAGGAGCAGGAGUGGGCUCAUUUGAGCGUACAAGGGAGGGUAGUGGAGCAGGCAUAGGAGGGGAUGCAGCAGCCGUUGCAGCAGUUGGGGCAGCUAUGGGCGCUCUUGCAAUCGGUGGUACUUCAGCAGGAGGAGGAGGAGCGCCACCAGCAGCAGCACCACCAGCCCACCACCCUCCUCCCCAGUCUCCAUCCCAAAACCCAUAUCCUCCCCCAUCCUCUUCCUCCUCUCAAGGCGCCUAUCCCCCUUCCUCUCAAAACGCGUAUCCUCCUCCUCCCUCCCCUCAAGGCUCUUAUCCUCCUCCCCCACCUCCUUCCCAGUCCGCAUAUCUUCCCCCUCCCGCUCCCUCUCAAUCCGCAUAUCCUCCCCCCCCAUCUCAGGGCGCUUACCCUCCCACCCCGUACGGUUACCCCCCCUCUUCUCAAAACCCUCCUUACGGAUACCCCGGUUACCCCCCACCUUCUCAAGCUCCCCCCUAUGGGUACCCCUACGCCCCUCCUCCUGCCCCAUAUGGCCAUCCUCCUCCUCCUGCUUCCUACACCCCUCCUCCAGCCCCGUAUGGCUAUGGUGCUGCCCCUUGGGGGUAUUACUCUCACUAG